AUGCGUGUGUGCGUGGUGGGCGCGGGAGCAGCCGGCCUCUGUUCAGCUCGACACCUACUGGCCGAGCCUCUAGUCUCCAGGGUGGAUGUACUGGAACAAUCUUCACAGCUGGGCGGCACCUGGGUCUAUACGGAAAACGUGGGCUACGAUGACUUCGGCCUGCCCAUACACACCAGCAUGUAUAAGAGUUUAAGAACAAACCUGCCAAAGGAGGUGAUGGGCUUCCCCGAUUUUCCCAUUAAAGGAAGCGAAAAAUCUUAUAUAUCGGCCAAAGAAAUGCUGAACUUUCUAGAUCGUUACGCCGAGAAACAUGACGUCAAGAAAUGUAUUAAAUACAAACAUCAUGUACAAAUGAUAAAACCGAAGCAGACUCCCACCGGCGAGCUCUGGGACGUCACAUACAAGCAUCUGACUACCGGGCUCUCCACCACCAGGGAGUAUGACUACGUGUUCGUGUGUAACGGACACUACAACACGCCAUUCAUACCUAAUAUACCAGGACUUAAGAACUUUGAAGGUGAAGUAAUGCACAGCCACGACUAUCGCGUCCCCGAUGUAUUCAAAGACAAGAACGUUCUGGUGAUCGGAGCGGGUCCGUCUGGACUAGACAUCGCGCUAGAGAUAACCAGCGUUUGUAGCAAAGUGAUACUCAGCCACCAUAUCAAGGACCAGCUGAAGUCCACCUUCCCCAGCAACUUGGAACAGAAGCCGGAUGUCGUCCGGAUCGAAGGGAACGCUGCUGUGUUCCAAGAUGGUACCAGCGAACCAAUGGAUGUUGUUUUCCUUUGUACUGGAUAUUUGUACAACUUCCCAUUCCUCCACGAGUCGUGUGACAUCGUGGUAGAGGACAACUGCGUGGAGCCGCUGUACAAGCACGUGGUGAACAUCAACCACCCCAGCAUGUGCUUCAUCGGCGUCCCUUACUACGUGUGCGCCUUCUCCAUGUUCGACUUGCAGGUGCGGUAUUUCGUCCAAUCAAUGAACGGCUCGUUCCAGCUGCCGUCCAGUGAACAGAUGAUGCAGCACUGGGAGAUGGAGAAGAGCGAGCGACUGGCGCGAGGGUACACUAAGAGACAGGCGCACAUGAUGGGCCCGGACCAGCAACGAUACUACAGCUCGUUGGCGUCCGAGGCGCGGACUAAGGACCUGCCGUCCGUCAUCACGAAAAUGCGAGACGAGAGCUCGAUACGUUUCUUACACAAACUACAGACUUACCGUAUGGACGUGUACAAGAUUAUAGAUGACGACACUUAUGAAGUCAUUAGUGACGGGAAGAGGGAGGUUUACUCUUAG